CCCCCCCAAUACUCCCAAUUAACCCGCGCCUUAGCCUUCGCCGUGCUCGCCGAGCCCCACGUGGCAAAAACCCACCUCACCCACCUCCACGCCCUCGUCACCGACGGCUACGAUCUCCUCACCUCCACCCUCCUCGCCCUCUCCAACGAGUCCUUCUCCAAGCUCCUCGAUGCCCCCAAAGCCCAAUUUUUAUGGCUCUGCUCCAAGUUAAUCCAAGUCUCCGCGAUAAAGAUCGAAUCUUUGGUCGUAUCCCUGUUGAGGCAAAUCAAAGGCGGCGACUUUACCGAACCCAAUUUGUGGCUCUGCGCCGAGCUCCUCAGAAUCCUCUCUUCCAAUUGGGAUUGGUUGUUAGAUGAGCCUUUGGUUCUCACGAGUGCCCUGUUCGUGUAUCUUCGCUUGCUAUCUGAUCACUAUAGGCUUAUGGGUAGCAUCAAAAUGGAUGAAUUGAAGCGUAUGGAGAUCGAUUUCUGUAUCAAGGCGUUGAGACAAAGCUUUGAUUUGUGCUUUAGGAUCGGAAGGGAUCUCGUUCGCCUUCUCCAGGACCUGGUCCACAUUCCUGAGUUCAGAGAUUUGUGGAAGGAUCUAUUGUUUGAUCCUACCAAGUUUAAAUUCAUGGGUUUUAAUGAUUUCUCCGAUCUCUAUCGAUUAAAGACCCCAAGUCACUACCUUUCGCUCCGGAUCACCCCGGAGAUGGAGACCCAGUUGAGGUUUCUACUCACCCACGUGAAAUGGGGGAGCCAAAAGAGAUACCAACAGUGGUUUGCGAAGAAGCACUUGAAUUGGCCCAGCAGUGAGACUCUUAUACCAGAUAUAGUUCGAUUCGUAUGCUGUUCUCAUCACCCUUCAAAUGAGAUUAUCCAAUCCAAUGUGAUCUCGAGGUGGGCGGUGAUCGGUUGGCUUCUCAAGUGCUGCAAAAGAAGCUACUUUGAGGCCAAUGCGAAGCUCGCGUUGUUCUACGAUUGGUUGUUCUUCGAUGAGAAGGUGGAUAAUGUUAUGAAUGUUGAGCCUGCGAUGCUUCUGAUGGUGAAUUCGAUAACGCAGUAUGCGGAGAUCACUCACACUCUGAUGGAGUUUUUGUUUCUGUUGGUGGAUAAUUAUGAUGCCGAGAGAAGGGAAGUGAUCGUUCGCGGAGCUUUGUCAGCAUUUGAUGUGAUGGUGAGGAGAGGAGUGGUUAGUUCUCUGGAGCCUUUAACUUCUUCUGAGCUGAUUUCGCCAUUGCUUAGAGAGAAGCUAAGUAGCUUUCUUUCAAGUUCGAGUGGAGGUGUAUCUAUUCCCUCUCAAGAAGAAGAGUCAGCAGAAAACAAAUGCUAAUGUUUGGCAUCAUUUUUUUUCGUAUUUUUGUAAUUUUUUAGUUAAAUUGGUAUGUUGUUUUAUGUAUACUA